GCGAUAUCGACAACAGUUUAACUGAAAGCGUGCGAACUAUUAGACGUUAAACAAAAUCUAUUAUCACGAAACAGAAAGUGAUUCUCAAGUUGAAACAUGAAAGGAAUGUUCCUGCUUUUCUUCACGUUCGUCGUUGCGACGAUAAUCUCGGCUGAUGAUUUUGUGGAAAAAUUGGCAGAAAUGUUAUCGCUGACUCAAGAAGAUGUACAGAAAUGCAUCGAAAAGACAGGCACAACACAAGAUGACAUAAUGCACUUUGACCAAAUUGUGACCGACAAUUUGCAAACUGUAGAUUUCGACGAGAAAGCUAAAAGACUUGGCUGUUUCUUCAGCUGUUUAGGCCAAAAAAUGGGAAUAAUGACUGAUGGACAUCUCAAUGUGGACAAGAUGAAACAAAUAAUACGCUCUAAAGUUAAAAAUCCUGAAAAACUUGCUGUAGGCUAUCGGAUAUUGGACAUAUGCAAUGAUCAGGUUAGAAGUAAGACUAAUGAAUGUGAAAUAAGUAUCAGAUUUUUAUUAUGUAUGGCGGAUGAAACAGAACGCUUACGCAAAAAUGACAUGCAACGUCGCUACGAGGACAAUAAUGAUAAUGAAUGAAAUAUUAAAAUAAGACGCUAUAUUAUUAUAUGUUCAGACUUUUUAAACGUAUGUGAUGAGAUACGAGUUAGGUAAUUCAACAGUUAGAAAUA